CAUGUUCCUGCUACUGAACAUGCAAGCCCAGCCACUCUUGCAUCACCGCAUCUCACAGCCUGCACCGACACCACCGUCAGAGCCCCCUAACGUCACGCAGUGAUGUCGAGUCUAUUCUCAAACCCCUAACCGUCGCUUGACGUCACCGAACCCCUUGCCCUUGACGGCGUUUACUCAGCGUAAAAGGCACGAUCGAAGCUGUGGGAGUCAUAGUCGGCUGGAAGCUACUGGGAGACAUACCGCUUCCUUCAUAUUUCGUCAGUCGAUCCCAAAAUACUCCUGUCUGCAAGACGCUCACUGGAAUACCAGCAUCUCAUGCUGUAGGAGAUCUUCAUUGGCGGUUUCUGUGAGUGUUGUGACCAUCUCGAGGACCGUGAAACAUGGCUGGGGACAAGCGACAUGACAUGUCCUCCUUCCACCAUAUUGUCCUCCUAGCUGCUGAUAACACGGAGUUCUCCGAAUAUGCGUUUAACUGGUACAAGGAUUAUAUUCAUCGACCUGAAAACUUUGUCAUCAUUCUGCACUGCACGGACCAUCAAGCUGAGGAUUUUCGUGAUGCAAGUUCCCAGAAUGCAAGUGGAAAGAAGGGUCCAGGCCGAACCGCGAAAAUGUUCAAGGAAUACACCGAGGCCCUGCGCUGUAUCGAGGAGAAGUUCGGGACAUUGAUGGCCAAUGCAGGGAUGCACGGUAAAAUCCGGAAGGGGAACGGCAAGCCGGGCGAGGCCAUCAUCCAGGCGGCCGCAGAGGAGGGGGCGAGCAUGAUCGUCACGGGGACUCGGGGACUGAGUAAACUCAAGCGGACAUUCCUCGGCAGCGUCAGUGACUACGUCGCCCACCACUCUCCCGUCCCCGUCAUCAUCUGCAGGCGGAAUGACAGAAGUACAUAAACACCUGCCAAUAAACGCGGGCAUGGUUGUACAUUUCUGUGUGCAUAACAGUGACAUAUACAUAUGCUAAACCUUUACGGAUCAACGGAUAAUAGAUAUAUUUGUCAACCCCAAAGAAACUUAUGACAUUUCAGGACGUCGUCGAUGACGCUAACGUCAAAUCAAAGCUGACACUUGACGCCGUUGACGUCAACACCAAGUUGUUCAACGGGACACCCAACCGUCGUUGUCUCCCAUAAAACCAAAAACUUGUAAAAUAACUUUCAAGCAGAAUAUUUAAUGUAACGCAGCUUUCAGAGUUGGCAAUUCGCCGUCACCGACGUCGUGAUUCAGCCCACGUAACGUCUGCAGACGCAUGGACAACGCUAGACUUUGUGAUAUGUUCUGCACCAGUCUGCUACUAAUGGAUACUUUGUUCCGCUGCCUGUGUCGUUAUAUAUGGUUUGUGUUUAUAUACUUGUGUCGACAUCCCUCAUCCAUCAUGGCUGAUAUUUACACUGGCAAUUGGUUUCUGUGAAUUUGUUUGGCUGUCAAUCUUUUAAAUAGUGGAUCAAACCCCAGAAAACAUACUAUUGAUUUGUUAACAGACAAUUAUUGAAUGUAUCUUCUACUUUAAUUCUCACCGUUCUCAACUGCCAACAAAACACUUGUUAAACUGAAGUAAGAAAACGUGCAUACGAAAUAUUAAUUUGGAUACACACAGAAUGACAUGUUGGAUAAGGUGGUUUUGAUUAGAAAACACUUGAAGCGCCCGUAAAAUGUGUAUAUAUGUACGAGCUUGUGGCAGGAGAAUAAACGAAUGUCAAAUUGUUAAGAUUGUAAUCCCCCAAAAGAAUUCGGAUUUUUCGAUUGUUGUUUAAAUUAUAGUACUACAAACAUACAAAUUAGCAACUGCCUUUACAACAUUUUCUUAAUAUUACCAAGUACUUCAGUGUAUUGUGUUUUAUAAGUAGUAAAUAGAUGUAUUCUAUCACUAUACUAUUCAAUACAUGGGUUAUUUACUAUGCAUGCAUAUGCCCAUUUGUAAUGUAUAACUUGUGAUAAAUACAGUGGAACCCCGUUAAUCCGGGUCAUUCGUUCCUUAUUUAAAGGUCCACAUUAACGUAUAUGAGUAGAUCGUAUAUUACGUUUGCAACAGAAACUGAGUUCCCGGUUUGACGAGGUGUAACUAUACCUCAGUGUACAGCUGUUUGAAAGACGGAGUAACAUCCUCAGUUACGUCGAAGGAAUAUUAUUUUUAUAAGUACUGUAUUUGAUUCUGCUUUGUCUGAUAAGCCUAGUAUUUGCUUAUCCCAUAUAUACCACUAUAGUUUUUCUGUGCAUCCAGCAACACUUUGUUCUGUUUAAAGGGGGACUACACUCAGCUAGGGCCGAUUUCAGUCAAAAUCAAUCUUGUCUGACUACUAACAGAUAUUGAAUCUGGCAGUUAUUUACCAACAUAAUGCCAGUACUAUUUACAGAAUGACGUAAGGCACGAGUUACAAUGCGAGGGCACGCAACGUGGAGCGAAGUCCCCCUUUAAGGCUCAAACCUGUACAAACUUGUCUAUCUAACCCUAGCACGGUGUAGCAAAUUGACCCAGCUGUGUAGCCAUUUGUUUUGUAAUUAGUCACCUUCUCGGUAUUAAACUUCAUACCCUG